CGGCUGAACUGGGGCGGCUGCAGUUCCCUGCGGUUCACGCAGGCAGUCCCCGUGCAGGUGGACAUGGCCAUGGCCCUGCAUCGUGUUAGGAUUGCAGAAAAGUACGGGAAGAACUACCUCUGCUUGCUGCAGGCAGUCUUUCUCGCAGAAACUGGGCUCCUCCUCCAAUUAAAGGACAUCAAUCAUUUCUUAAUGCAAGACAUUGCCUUCCUGUCUGGUGGCCGGGGAAGGGACAAUGCUUGGAUCAUUACAUUUCCAGAAAACUGUAACUUCAGAUGCAUUCCAGAGGAUGUAAUCUCAAAAGUGCUCAAUUACUUGACAUCUAUUGCAAGACAAAAUGGAUCUGACUCCCGAUUUACUAUUAUUCUGGAUCGCAGACUAGAUACGUGGUCUUCCCUCAAAAUUUCCCUCCAGAAAAUCUCAGCCUCUUUCCCUGGGAGCUUACACUUAGUCCUGGUUUUACGCCCUACCAGUUUUCUUCAGAGGACUUUCACGGACAUUGGAUUUCGAUUUAGCCAGGAGGAUUUUAUGGUGAAACUACCAGUUGUUAUGCUGAGCUCAGUUAGUGAUUUGCUGACAUACAUUGAUGACAAGCAGUUAACCCCUGAGUUAGGCGGCACCUUGCAGUACUGCCACAGUGAAUGGAUCAUCUUCAGAAAUGCUAUAGAAAAGUUUGCUCUUACAGUGAAGGAAGUGGCUCAGAUGUUGCAGUCCUUUGGAACAGAGCUGGCUGAGACAGAGCUACCAGAUGAUAUUCCUUCAAUAGAGGAGAUUCUGGCAGUUCGUGCUGAGAGGUAUCAGAUGUUGAAGAGUGACUUAACAGCUGUAACCAAAGAAGGAAAAAUUCUGCUCAUGAACCUGAAAGUGCCUAACACUGGAGAAACUGUCAGUUCAAGUCUCGAACGUCCUCAGCACAUCAGUGGUGACUGGCAAACUAUUAAUAAGUUGCUGACUCAAGUGCACGAUAUGGAAACUGCUUUUGAUGGAUUUUGGGAGAAACAUCAGCUAAAAAUGGAGCAGUAUCUGCAACUGUGGAAUUUUGAGCAAGACUUUCAAGAGGUUAUGACUAAAAUUGAAUUUGUAUUAAAUCAACAAAGAGAACUCAGUGAUGUAACAGGGAACUUAUCUCAGAUAAAACAAAGACUUAAAAAAAUAGAGAACUUGGAUGAAAAAUCUCAGGAGCUGUUAGCCAAGGCCCGGCUUGUGAUACUACAUGGCCACAAGCUUGCGUCAAAUCACCACUAUGCACUUGACUUAAUCUGCCAGAGAUGCAAUGAGCUUCGCUACCUUUCUGAUAUUUUGGUUAAUGAGAUCAGAGCCAAGCGGGUACAGCUGAGCAGGGCUUUCAAAAUGCACAAGCUCCUGCAGCAGGCACGUCAGUGCUGUGAUCAAGGAGAAUGCCUCCUGGCUAAUCAGGGAAUGGAUCAGUUUCAGACUAAAGAAGAUGCUCAGAAAGCCUUUCAGGAUGUGCAAAAUUUCCUUCAAAUGGCUCUGCCCUUUAUCAAUUAUGAUAUUGAGAAUUUGCAAUAUGAAUUUGAUGUGCACCUUUCUUCUGAAUUAAAGGCUCAGAUACAGACUGUACAACUCAAGCUUGAAAGUAUUCGAAGUAUAUUUGAGAACCAACAGGCUGAUUCCAAGAAUUCAAAAGGUAGAUCUGAAAGUCCAGUUCAGUUUGUGAUACCUGCACCUGAAAAUCUGAUGAGGUCCAGAGCAAUGUUUUUUUCACCUAAACAUGUGAAGAAGUCUUGGAGACAGACUCAAGCUCAGAGCAACAUGCAAUUAAGUAAAAUUGAAGUCGUUAAGGAUAGCCAAGAGAAGAGGAAUUCUGAUCACUCUCCCAGAUUGGACAAUAGCUUGGAUAUUUUAAAGAACCAUGUCCUGAAUGAGCUGAUACAGACAGAAAAGGCAUAUGUUGGAGAGCUGUUAACUGUUUUGUUGGGCUACAGAUCUGAGAUGGACAAUCCACAGAUGUUUGAUCUUAUUCCACCUCUACUGAGAAAUAAAAAGGAUGUUCUCUUUGGAAAUAUGGCAGAAAUAUAUGAAUUCCAUAACAACAUUUUUAUGAGCAGGCUGGAAGAUUGUUCUAAUGCUCCAGAAAGAGUUGGGCCUUGUUUCCUGGAAAGGAAAGAUGAUUUUCAGAUGUAUGCCAAGUACUGUCAGAAUAAACCCAGGUCAGAGUUAAUUUGGAGAAAGUAUUCAGAAUGUGCCUUUUUCCAGGAAUGUCAAAGAAAAUUGAAACACCGACUUGGGCUGGAUUCCUAUUUGCUCAAACCAGUGCAGCGAAUCACUAAGUAUCAGUUGCUUUUAAAGGAGCUCUUAAAGUACAGCAAAGAAGGUGAAGGAACAACUCAGUUAAAGGAGGCACUUGAUACAAUGCUGGACUUACUGAAGUCAGUGAAUGACUCCAUGCAUCAGAUUGCAAUCAAUGGCUAUAUUGGGAAUCUGAAUGAGCUGGGCAAGAUGAUUCUGCAAGGUGCAUUCAGUGUUUGGCUGGGGCACCGAAAAGGUGCUACAAAAAUGAAGGAUUUUGCAAGAUUCAAGCCCAUGCAGAGACACCUUUUCUUGUAUGAAAAAGCUGUUAUGUUUUGUAAGAGGCGUGUUGAAUCUGGAGAAGGCGCUGAUAGAUACCCAUCGUACAGUUUUAAGCACUGUCUAAAAAUGGAAGAAGUUGGAAUCACAGAACACGUAAAAGGCGAUAACCGCAAGUUUGAAAUAUGGUAUGGUGAGAAGGAAGAAAUUUACAUUGUUCAGGCUCCAAAUAUUGAUGUGAAGAUGUUAUGGUUAAAAGAAAUAAGAAACAUUUUGUUGAAGCAGCAAGAACGUUUGACUGCUAUAAAACAGCUGGAUCAGCCAAGAGAACUGGAUGAACUUUCUCUUCAGCAGCAGAAAGCUGAAAAGCAAGAGGAUGCUCUUCUAAAUGCUGUGGAAGUGGAAACAGAGGUAGAACAAGCCAGUGGCAUGGUGGAGGUCAGGGAGGCAGUUGUGCCAGUUCAAGCACAAGUAAAUUGCGCAGCUUGGACUCAGGUGUCACCAUCUGCAGAAGGUCUUGGAGCAUCUGCGGAAUGUUCAACCAACUAUUUCUACCCUAGUUACAAUGACAAUGAAGAAGAUCGGCCACAAAUGGUGUCGGGAAUUCAGGAAAAGCUAUUAGAGUUCCUCUUUGAAUACCUUCCUGAGUCAUGCUACCCAGGAAACAUACACAAGAGCAAUGCAGUGCAGUCCACAACGCCUGCACUGUAG